CCUAUCAACUUGUCCACUGGAAAUCCUUCUCUUGUGAUGUUUGAUUUAGAGACCACAGAUCUGAUUCGAGAAAGACAGAUGCCGCAUAUCACACAGCUUGCUGCAGUUGAAUUGGAAACUGGAUCUGUUUAUAAUACCUACAUUCUUCCGAAGGUGCCCAUUACAGAGGAGGCAAUGAAUACGACUGGUAUUGUUGUAAAUUCAGAUUUAGAGAAAAUGACUGCCCACGGAGAAGUUGAUGCUGUGAACAUUACAUCUGCACUGACAGAUUUUUUGACAUGGUUGAAGAAUUUUUCGAAUGUUAUUUUGGUAGCACGCAAUGGAAGGAAAUUUGAUUUUCCUGUUCUGAUGAGUACAUUACAUUGUCUGAAAAUGACAAACAUGCUACUUUCCACAGUUUCUGGUUUUGUCGACUCACUUGGUGUUUUUAAGAAAGCCUUUACUGGUCAGCCAAACUACAAACAGGAGACCUUGGUAAAGACAGUGUUAAACACCACAUACACUGCUCAUGAUGCCACUGAAGAUGUUAAAACAUUAGGAAUGUUGAUAAAGCAGACCAAGUUAUCAGGUCCAAAAGUUUUACAUUUCAGUUUUCCACCAAUUGCUGUACAUCAAAGCCUUUUUUCAGCAACGAGAAAUCAAAAAAAUAUAACUUCAUUGCAUGUUCUAAUUGCGAAAGGUAUUGUGAAACAUAACACGGCAGAAAACAUUGCAGGUUCUGUAUUAAACUUGUCAUACCUUCACAGAAUAUUUCAGAGAGAUGGUGAGGAUGGACUAAGAGCUACAUUUUCACAGAAAACCUCUGAUGGCCAGCCGCUAGUUUCCUCUGCAAAACGCGUUCUAGACUCUGUAAUUCCAAAACUUGUGGAAUAUUUUGAGAAACAAGAUGAAAAAUGA